AUGGUUGUAAUCUCUGAAACUUCCGGCGGCUCUAAUGGCGACGAUCCAAACAAGAAACGUAAAGAAGUCGAGAAGAAACGUAAAGAAGAAGAAGAGAAUAACCGAAACAAGAAACUGAAAGAAAAGUUGUCGUAUUCUCUACCGAUCCCAGACGAUCUCACGCUAAGUUGCUUCGCGCUCGUUGAGAUAUGUCACUACCAGAAACUAUCCCUCGUCUGCAGUAACUUCCGAGAUAUCAUCAGGUCGCGUGAUCUCUACGUCAAGCGCUCGAACCUGGGGCUUACGGAAAGCGUUCUUUAUGCGUACAUCAGACUAAUUCCGUUAGAAAAGCCUAGUUGGUACGUUCUGCAACGUGUACCCUAUCGAAACUUGCCCAACACGCUUUCUUGGAGAUUAACCCUAAUCGAUUCAAUCCCUCCCAUGCCUUUUGAAGCUGCUAUCGUCACAAACGGAUCUGAUAUCUACGUAAUCGGUGGACUCGUCGGCGGAAGACCAACGUCAAGUAUGAUUCUCAUGGAUUGCAAAUCUUGCAGGUGUCGUUUGCUCCCGAGAAUGCGUAUGUCUCGCUUCCGUGCAGGCGCCGGAGUGAUCGACGGAAAGAUUUAUGUGAUCGGAGGUUGUUCGAUGCAGUUGUGUAACUGGAUAGAAGUGUUCGAUAUAAAGGAACAGACUUGGACUGGAUUGGAGUUUCCGUACCUACCUGAUAUGUAUAAAGAGUUUGUGAAGUAUGCGGUGAUGGAGAAGAAUAUUUACCUUAUGGAUGGUGGUGUGUUAUGUUGUGCUUUAGACCCCAUAAACAUGAGAUGGUUCCAUCAAGGACAGGAGUUGGAUCACUUGCGUUCUGUGUGGCACAUGUCGUAUUGUGUGAUAGAUGAUUUGUUGGUUUGUAUUAACCCAAUGAUGGAGGUGGUUGGAGGUCCAAUAGCGUUAUAUGAUCGAAAGCAGAAACUAUUGAGACAUGUAAAUGGUUUACAAGGUUUUCCUGGUAAUAUGAAUCUCAGGGAGUCUAGAAUGGAGAAUUUUGAUGGGAACUUGGUGAUUUUGGGGUCUGAUCAGAGUUGGUUUAGUGAGUAUAAAGGGAAAAAAGAGAUUUGGUGCGUAGAGAUCUCUUUUGAAUUACGGGAGAGAGGUGAGAUUUGGGGGAUUAUUGAAUCAGCUGCUGUUGUGCUUACGACCUAUAACAACACUCCUUCCAUUCAGCUUUGUCGAACUGUUACACUUUGA